AUGAAAGCGCCUCCAACUAAAGCAAACUCCAAAACGAAUACCAUCAAACCAUCAUCCAAAGAUAAAGGCCAAUCUUCGUCUAAUAAAAAUACGGAAACGAAGUCCUCGAAGACCACAUCUGGAUUGGAGACUCAGGAAGAGACAUCAAGACAUCAAAACGCUGAAAACGUUGCUCCGGAAAAGGUUGAAGAGAUAGUUGAGUCGUUGGUGUCUGCAGUAAUUCUGAAAGUAGAAGCAGAGAAUGUCGACGUGAAGCAAGUAAAACCUACAAGUACAAUCGAAAUGAAAGAUUUGUCGGACAAUACCAGAAGAUCGUCAGAUUAUAACACGCGUCGCAAAGUGGAACGAGAUAACUCGGAUGCACGUCUUGGUGAGAUUCUUCAACAGGUAUUCCUUGCUCCGUCCGUCACAAAUAAUCCAGUGAAGAUCGAAAAAAAUGCUAACAAAUCUCUGAGAAAGGCUAGUACUCCGGUUGCCUCAAAACCUCCUAAACCACCAAAGUCUUCUUCAGUUCCCCGACAUAGCAUCGCCAAGUCGUCGUCCACAACACCAUCGGAGGGUAAUCCGAAAACGACAAAGAAUCCAAAGCAACAAGAUCCUCCGAAAAACGAACCACCACCGACGAAGAAAACUCCGGCACAACCACAGCAAAAGUCGAAGCCUGAAGAACACAUAACAGGGGAGCAGAAAAAAGUUCCGCAUGCACCGCCCAGAAAAAAAUCGUCAAAGGAACUGUUGAAGACGGAUUCGAAAAAAUCGAUCGUAUCGGCUACAUCGGACACUCCGAAAUUAGAACUGCAGGUGACAGUAGAAGAAAAAGGAAGCGUGGAAAAGAAUGAAUCCUCGAAAUCAAAGACCCCGUCAAGGCAGCACAGUGUCAGUAAAAUGGUUGUGAAGACCACAAGCGAAAGAAAACAGGAAUUACAACUGCCGUCGCUCAAAAGCGUUGAUUUAGGAGAAACCGGUGAAUCUGUCAAGAUCAAGCAAGAAGAGAAACCAAAGGCACCACCGAAAUCAACUCUGAGGUCUCCCUCAAACAGGACCACAUCAAAAGCCGUUACCAGCACAAAAAAGCCGUCUCCAUCUACGAAAUCAUCGUGA